CCCUGACGCAAGAAACCUUGCUCGUUUUUAAGGCGAAAAGCAACAACACAACCUUGGCCUGCCUACUUCGCCCGACCGUAUUCAAUAGCCCUCACAGUCAGUGUGAUGUGUCCAACCGAAGCCCUUGUACAUGGCAACGACCAGUGCCCGAGAGGCCUCGUAGACGCCUCCCGCCCAGGCAUGAAUGAGACAAACAUCGACACAUGCAGGGCGAAACCUACGGUGCCACUCAGUCUGGCAUUCUCAUACCGUAGAUGGCCCUUUGCCUGGCGCCAGCCACAUGGCCAGCCGUCGACAGCGAGUCAAGGACGGCGGCAAAUGAACGGAUCUGCAAGCGAGUGGCUACGGGGCAGGCUGGUGGAAUGAUGCUAACAGCAGUGCUCAAAACGGCUGGAGAUGCUCAGGCCCAUGACCGAGGAAGUUCCUGGUACAAGCUGCUCCGGCUGCCUUUGCCGUCCGACGAGCUGAGACCGAGGGCUCCGUCUCGAGUGGCGGUAAAGGACAAGCACGACCGAGCUGGUUCGCGAGCAGAACUAACAGGGAUCGUAAGAGGUACCCUCAAGGUACGAGAGCACGGAAAGGAUGGGAUAUACGACGGCACACCGAAAGAGUUGCAAAGUCUCUACCCCCCAACCCUUCCCCGCAAGAGCACACCUUUCACCAGUCGCUCACACUGUUGGCGGCCGGCGCCCCUGAGCAAGCAGUCCUUGAACGUCGUUUACCACGCUCUGAUACGCCACUUUCGAACGUCUCCACUUAUGGACUUCCCGAGAUGCCCAACCAAGAUGCACAAGGGCUGUUCAGGCGGACUGGCAAUUUGUUGUGCCUGGCGAUCGCUUCGCCGACAUGCAUCAUGCAGCUGGCGCCACAUCCCUGCCAAUCAUUGGCAAGAUUUGCCCUGAGACUGACUGAGUGACUCGACCUGCGACAGACUGCUCUUAUGUAGGUCAGCGCUUGGGGGACGAGUGUGGGUGGGCCUCGUGUCGGUCUCGCCGAGAGAACCCAGGACACAAGGUGUUGGGCUGGAGGACGGUGCGCGUCC